UAUCUUCAGGUUUAUCCCAAAGGAAACGAGUUUGAAGAUCACUUGGCACUGUACCUCUGCGUUGCGAAUCCUGAAUCAUUGAGAGUUGGAUGGAAAAGACGAGCUAGUUUUUCCUUCGUUCUGUUGAAUCAAUCAGGCAAAGAGCUCUACAAAACAAAAGAAUUAUGGUGCAAAUUGUUCUGCGACCAGGCCCCAGGAUGGGUGCGUGAGCUUUUCAGGAAGCAUCCGGACAUAACAGCAAAUUUCAAACCAAAGAUUCAACAGGUGAGGACAUCAUACAUGAAUGUCUUACCUGGUCUCAUCGAGGCAUUGAACAAACCUCCACAUAGCUUAUCUGAGACUGAGCUAAGCAAUGCUAGCAGUGAGUUGAUCAAGCUAACAGAAGCAGGCUUCAAGCUAGACUGGUUGAAGACAAAGCUUGAUGGGGUUUCCUUGGAGAGGAAGAAAGCAAGUGCUGAUGAUAGUAUUAGAGUCCGAGAACUCGAGGAACAAAUCAAGAAUCUCAAAGCUGAACUGAACAAGGAGAAGGAAAAAUCCGCUACUUCUGCUGCGAAAGUGAUGUCCUUAGAGAAGACCGUGUCGGAUAUCAUAGAGCAGAACAAGAAGCGUAAAAUGAGCCCU